AUGUUCUGCCUAUGCCGACGAUAUAAAGAUGAACACGAACAUGGCGGAACUCAAAUCAAGGGAGGUUACAUGCUCCGGUACAAGCGUAAAUAUCUAUGGAACUCGUGGUCUGAAGAAUGGGUGGUGCUUUACGACGACUCAACUAUGGCUUGGUUUAAGGAUGCUUCAGGAAAAUACUUGGCGACUCAGAAACACCUCGUGAAGGAGAGUCCUGAAAUGUUAGCCAUCGCCAACUGGACGGGGCAGGUGCCCCGCAGGCCCGCCCUGCCUCCGGGCGCCAGGCUGUCGCAACUCAUGGCUUUGGGCUCCAGGAGGGACCCGGGCCACGUGGUCUGGAUGCUGGCGAAAUCGGAUGCUGAGAUGAAGGAAUGGAUGCAAGCAAUUUCAAAAACUCUCCCACCGCCGCCGCACAUCGAGCUGGUGAUGUCCAUGCCCUACCUGCGGACCGCCUUCAAGAGACCCACAGUGAGGGUUCGACCAGCAACCUCCUCCGAAAUGUACUCUCGGAACAGCCGCCAGGCAGUCGGGGCGCUGGACGGCCGUGGCCUGGUCGCCGUCAUCAAGAGGCAGGUCCCAUUGGCUGGGCAACUGGGCCACGAGCUGGCUUGGGGACAGGGCUGGGGCUGGGUGACUCUACCCAACGGCGUCUGGAGUGGACGACUGACCUGGUCGCAAGAGGGUGACGACUUCGCCCUCCAUGCUAUGCCGAUAAUGCACCAUACGAAUGUCUCCCAAGCCUGCUCAAUGUUGGACGGAGUCACGGCAUACGAGGCGUCAGCUUACGACCAGGCCCUCGCCGAAUAUGACGACGCGGCGGGAACUUCUGACGACUGGGACUUCGGCGUUGACUGCGGCGACUUCAUGAUGUAA